AUGACUUCACCGGCUCCUGCGUCCAUGAUGGGCGGCUGGAACGCCCCUGCUCAGCCCAUGCCUGUUGCCGAGACGGACGAGAAUGGCGUCCAGACGAGACCAAUGAGCCUCAAAGUACACUACACCUUCGACAAGGAAGCUCAAGUCAACUGCCUGGCGAGGCUGCAGCAAACGCUCCGAAUUCAGACCAUCCAACUUGACGAUGGCUCGUCAAUAGGCGUUGUGGACCUUCGAGCCUGUAUCCAGGCUGUAACAGACUGUAGUCCUGAACUUGCCGGCCAAGAUUGCGAUUACACCAUCUAUGCUGUCGACUUCUCGGAGCCCAAUACCCCUCUCGUUGGCCAGGGUAUGCUCUCCUGGGCUCUCGAUACCCUGCUACGAGGAGACAUGUCUGCUCAGCCAAAGCUCGUCACUGGACGUGUCACCAAGAACCUCCUCGGCGUCUUUUCUGGUGGUAACAAGGAAACCCUUGAAGUCACGCUUCGUUUGACGGCUGGUGCAAACAAGACGAUGCAGUGGGCUGCCGAUAGCUUCGACAUGCAGGCUGCCAUGACUCCUACCGGUGCCUCCGAAUGGAACUCAUUCCUCCAAUCUAACCCGCAAAUCGGAGACCAGGCUCAUAUUUCCAGAGUCGCCUCUCCCGCCAUGUCACAAGGGCCCCCCGCGUCGCUUGCUCGAAGAGAUUCGUUUGGACCUGGUGUUCUUCAUAACGCUGAUGGCAUGGGCGUCCAGAGAAUUGCCCCUGUGCCUGUUGACGCCAGUACCAUGCCCAACCUUCCCGGCGGCUCAUCUCGCCCUUCUAGCAGAACUUCAAAUAGAGCCCCACGCAAACGACAACCGACAGGUAGACCUCGCGGUCGUCCACGAAAGAAGCCUGUGGAGGGAAACACAUCUGGCUAUGAGGACGGUACCGAAGGAGAGGAUGGUCCCGCCAAAAAGCGUGUAAAAACCACAAAAGUCGAGCGUGUCGUCAACCCUUUUACCGCAGGAUCUGAAUCUCUGCGUGUAGCAGCUAGUACUUCCGGCUCAAUCCGCAACUUUCGCCCUCUCAACACUGAGGGCAGCGCAGAAGGCUCUGCUGCCAACCACCUUCAGGAAGUGCCACGAGCACCGACACCUGUCCCAAAUGGACCGGUAUUUCCCGGGCAGCGUGGCAAAGUACGAAGAGAGUCGACACUGAGCCAAAAGCCAAUGACCAUUGCGCCAUACCCGGGGCCUCAGAGACCGCUCUCGCCGAGUCAAGAGGAUGGUCGAUCACCUGAAUCUGCUGAGCCCACCCCAAACUAUUCAGAGGAUAGCCCCGGUGACAUUGGCUCAUCGCCGCCUGUUGCAAGAGCAACACCAUAUCUGCGAUCUAGUCCACCACCGUCAAGCCCAAUGCUGCCUCCUAUGCCGACAGCAAAGCGUGACGCAAGUUUCCUGUCGGAGAAUAUGGACGAUUUAUUCGGCGACGAAGCCGCCUUGCCGCCUCCAAGAGUAGAAUCCAGGGCCGUUUUUACACAACAACCCCCUCGCAAGCCACGGCCAGCCAAGCAACCCACUGGCAUUCCCGUAUCUGUCUUUCAAAUGCAGGAUGGCCCUGGUGGCCAAGACUUGGUUCACAUUUGCAGCUAUAACAGCCCACCUCUCAACCCGCCUUCGACUUCCCGACCUCUUGCCCCUGCUCCUCCUCCUACGCAAACAGUAUCCCACGAACAACCUUCACUGCCUCCGCUAAAGCAACAGAAGCCGUCCUCAAGGCCAAAGGCUUCCGCCGCUACCUCACCUCCAAUUCAAGAGCCCACUCCUCCUCCCACUACCGAUGCUGUGGAUAAGGCUCCCAGUCCUGUGCUAGCAGCCGAAGCUGCACAGGCAGGUCCAAGCACACUACCAGAUGAGUCGGCUAAAGCAGCUAAAGUUCAACGACCUUCCUCUGCUGAGGCUGCCAAGCCAUCAUCUCAGAUGCCUAGCCUCGCCUCAAAGCCAAGACGCCCGCUCGCUCGUUCCCAAUCAGCUGGUCCCCUUUUGCUACCAGCAAUUCCAGCUAGUGAACCUAUUGGUCCCUCGUCAUUGUCCCAGUCGUUUAUGCCCGAGCAGGCACAACGAAGGCCAGACACUGCCGCCCCUCUGCGCCGUGAGUCUUGCCAUGGACCCAUCUCUGUCCCCGUGCCCGCCAGUGAUCCGGCCGGACCUGCGCCGUCUGCUGUCCAACCGCCCAACGUUAGCUUUUCUGAGGCACCCUGCCCUCCAAGCGAGUCAGUCCUGCCGCCCCCGUCAUCUCCUCAAGGCGCCAAGUCGAACAAGAAUGUUGUGAAGAAGCACGCCAUUCGAGCGAGACUGGAAGAAGCCAUCAUGAAUGGCGAGAUGCCACCUUUUUGCAACAACUGCGGUGCCAUUGAAACACCUACCUGGCGCAAAAUUUGGGUUCAGGAGCGCGAGGGUAUCCCAGAACCUGUCCAGUUUUCUGAAAAGCCGGGCAAAAUCACGGCCAUUGAAAUCACCGAACGCGGUGAUGACGAGGAGCCCACCAAAUAUCGUGUCACUAAGAAGGGUCUCGGACCUACUGAUGACAAGAGAGAUUGGCAAGAGUUGCUGCUUUGCAACCCAUGUGGUAUCUGGUUGACCAAGUGCAAGGCUCAUCGUCCUCGUGAUCGAUGGGACAGAGAUGCCUCCAGACUUGGUCAAGAGCGCAAGAGACGCAACACUGGCCGCAGCACCUCCAGAGCCAAGAAGGGCCGCAAGACUGAUGCUGUGGCUAACCCUACCUCAGAAGCAUACCUUCACACCGAUGCCAUUGGUCCUGUCGAGCCAUCGUCGCCAAAGUUGGCUGAGUCUUUGGAAGACCAGUCGUUCAAGGCUGCGCCUCUUGCACAGCCAGGCUCGACACACUCGACUGUGACAGCUAAGAGUCCUGUGAACCCCGAGCUAGAUGCGGCAAUGGGAGUAACAAAGCGACUCCUCUUUCCCUCACCUCGCAAGGAUGGCUCGCCCAAAAUUCUUGGCGACCUGAAAGUGAACUUGGUGCAGACAAUGGUGGAUCAGCAUCAGGAUAAGCUCACCGCGGACGGCAAAGAGAACAUGGGUAGCCUCAAGGAAAGCAAAAGCCAGGACGAACUCGAGGCUCUCUUUCGUAGUCCAGGACCAGCCAGACCGUCUACCCCUCCACCCAACGCCAAGUCUGCCUCUUCGGCCAACUUCAAGACACCGACCCAGCCUACUCCCAGCCACCGGCCUAUCACCAGAAGCGUGUCGCGCUCUAUUCGCUCGGUUCGAUCCAUUCUUGCGUCCCCCAGCCAUUUGGCUCUGUUGCAGCGAACUCCCACCAAGACUCCCCGACCUACUUUGGCAGUUCCCGACAGCGCUUCAAGAAGACGCAGCCCUCGCAACCACCAGGCUACAUUUGAGGUUUUUGACACGCCCAUCACGCGAACCAUUAACCAAAUGCUUUCCGAGCCUAAUGGCUUUGGUUUAGAUACCAACGACCUUGAUUUGGGCAACUUGCCAACGCUUGACAACCAUCAGAGUUUCAUGGACUUUGGAAACUUCCUGAGCACCGAUGGAAUCAUGCCCAGCUCGCCACCAAAGGCCGGAUCUCUUGCCUUUGACUACGAAGACUCUGAUGUCUGGGCAACUUGGGGAGUUGAUGGCGUCAACUCUCUUGAAGAAUAG